GUUUAGCAACGACCAACGACUGUACUGCUAGUUUUGUUGCAUUGUCAACAAAACCAUUCAACAAAUAUUAUAAUUCAAUAAAAAAUCAUUUCUUCUAUAAACCACAACACCGAGAAUGACUACUACUGUUUCAGAACCCAUCAUGUCUGGAGCAGCUUCUAGAAGGAAACUGCUUCAGGCCAGUGUGAGUUGUUUGUGUAGUGAGGCAGGCUUCAGUGCAGUAGAUGAAUUGUCAUUGGAGACCCUUACCGAGAUGAUGCAGAGCUUUCUGACUGAACUUGGUCAUAGUAGCCGUCUUUACUGUGAAUUAUCUGCAAGAGUGGAACCUGUUGUAGGAGAUGUUGUUAUGGCCUUGGUUUCAAUGGGAAUUAAGCACAACUCUUUGGAAUCAUAUGCUCAAAGAGCAAGAAGGCUAGUUUUACCAACUCCUACUCAAGCUGUUGCAACCAAACAAAUUGGAAUUUUACAAACUGGUCAAAAGAGACCACAUCCAAGUCAUAUCCCAGAUCAUUUGCCAGCAUUUCCAGAUUCACAUGCAUAUGUUCAAACACCAACUCACAAACAACCUAUUACGGACUACGAAACUAUUCGAGAAAAGGCAUCCUGUCAAAAGCGAGAUGUGGAGAGAGCACUGACGCGCUUUGUCGCUAAAACAGGGGAAACGCAGAGUUUCUUUUUGGUCGAAGAUUUGACGCAUUAUCCCCUUAUUGCAUGUAAGCCAAUGGAUAAACCGUUUUUGUCCGCCCUUCUCCCUCGCGAUCAAACUUUUGAAGAAGACGAGGCAGCCGUCCACAUGCAAAAGCAAGAAGAAGCAAAUGCUGAAGCCAUUAAAGCCGCCAAGUUGGAUCAGGAGAAAGAGAACAAUGAAAUGAUGGAUAACCUUGGACCUAAUGGCUCACUGAUGGAAAUGUCAAAUUCAGAACCAUUUAUCAUGGAAAAUCCAUUCAUCAGACCAGUUAAAAUGCCUUUUUCAAAGAAAAAGAGCUCCCCAUAACCACAAUCCAUAUUGUUAAAUUUAGUUUAUUUUUCGUACUAUUUGUGUAUCAGCUGUCAUCUCAUUUUUUCCAUAAAUGUGAAUAUGAAUCUUGA